AUGGCGGACGGCCGGGACGGGGGGCCGUGCCCGGGGGGCGGGGGCCGGGGGGUGAGCGUGGCGGCCCGCGGGGGCCUGCUGUUCGCCGUGGGGGCGGCGCUGGCCCUGGUCCUCAACCUGCUGCAGGUGCAGCGCCACGUCACCCUCUUCCCGCCGGACGUGCUGGCCGGCGCCCUCGGCUCCGCCUGGUGGGUGCCCCCCUGCUGCGGGACCGCCGCCGCCGCGAUCGGCCUGCUGUACCCGUGCGUCGACCGCCACCUGGGCGAGCCGCACCGGUUCAAGCGGGAGUGGUCCAGCGUCAUCCGCUGCGUCGCCGUCUUCGUGGGCAUCAACCACGCCAGCGCCAAAGUGGAUUUCGCCAACAACCUGCAGCUGUCGCUGACGGUGGCGGCCCUGUCGGUGGGACUGUGGUGGACGUUCGACCGGUCCCGCAGCGGCCUGGGCCUGGGGCUGGGCGUCGCCGUCCUGGGCACCGCGGGCACCCAGCUGCUCGUCCACCACGGCGUCUACCGGUACUCCUCGCCCGACUUCCUCUACGUUCGCUCCUGGCUCCCUUCCAUCUUCUUCGCCGGCGGCGUCACCGUGGGGAACAUCGGCCGCCAGCUGGCCAUGGUGAGCCGGCCGCCCCCCGCCCCGCCGGGGGCCGGGGCCGGCCCGGGGGCCCGGGGGGAGGCCGGAGAGUACGAAUGCCAAGCGACGGCGGAAAAGACCCACCCGGAGUGAGCCCCCCCCGCGGGCGGCGACGGACCGGACGCUCCGGGGACCCUCCGGCCGCGGCGCGGGACGGCCGGACCCCGCCCGGGGAGCCCGGACCCUCUCCGGGACCGCCACGGCCCGGCCCGCGGGCCCGGCGAGGGGAGGCCCCCGAGGGGACGGGAGCGGCGGAUCCCCGCACCCCGAGCGCGGGCCCCGGAGAUCGGCGCCGCCGGACGCGGGGACGGACGGACGGG